GUUGCAGGCCACAGAGAGCCUCUCCCUGAUGACAGUAAAGACAACCACACCCACACCAUCUUCACUCGGAUCCUGGACCGCCUGCUGGACGGCUACGAUAACAGACUGCGGCCCGGACUCGGAGAGAGCGUGACGGAGGUCAGGACCAACAUCUAUGUGACCAGCUUCGGCCCUGUAUCCGACACCGAUAUGGAGUACACCAUCGACGUGUUCUUCCGUCAGAGCUGGAGGGACGAGAGGCUGAAGUUCGACGGGCCUAUGCAGGUUCUGCCGCUCAACAACCUCCUGGCCAGCAAGAUCUGGACCCCCGACACCUUCUUCCACAACGGCAAGAAGUCCGUGGCCCAUAACAUGACCACGCCCAAUAAGCUUCUUAGGCUGGUGGACAAUGGAACUUUGCUGUACACAAUGAGGUUAACCAUUCAUGCAGAGUGUCCCAUGCAUCUGGAGGACUUCCCCAUGGACGCCCAUGCUUGUCCUCUCAAAUUCGGAAGCUAUGCGUACACCAAUAAUGAGGUGGUGUACAUCUGGACUCAGGAAGACGAGAAGUCUGUAUCCGUGGCUCCUGAUGGCUCCAGACUAAACCAGUACGAUCUACUGGGACAUGUGAUUGGGAAAGAGAUCAUCAGCUCCAGUACAGGAGAGUACGUUGUGAUGACUACGUAUUUCCAUCUGAAAAGGAAAAUUGGCUACUUUGUGAUUCAGACCUACCUGCCCUGUAUUAUGACCGUCAUUCUCUCCCAGGUCUCCUUCUGGCUCAACCGUGAAUCUGUCCCAGCGCGAACCGUUUUCGGUGUGACCACGGUUUUGACCAUGACAACCCUGAGCAUCAGCGCCCGAAACUCUCUGCCCAAGGUGGCGUAUGCCACGGCCAUGGACUGGUUCAUGGCUGUCUGCUACGCCUUCGUUUUCUCCGCCCUCAUCGAGUUCGCCACCGUCAACUACUUCACCAAGCGCAGCUGGGCGUGGGACGGUCAGACCGAAGCCCAGGAGAUGAGGAGGCGAGAGUCCGCUUCCCUGUCGAAAAAAUCCAACAACACCUUCAACAUCGUCGGGACGACCUACACCAUGAACGUCGCCAAGGAUCCGGGCCUGACGACCAUCGCCAAGAGCGCCACGAGCACCCCGGCCCCGCCCCCCCGGGAGACCCGGGAGGUCCGCCUCCCCAGGAUGGACGGGGAGUACAUUCCGACGGGCGUCAAGAAAUCCUACAACCGCGUCAGCAAAGUGGACAAGAUCUCACGUAUCAUCUUCCCGGUCCUGUUCUUCAUCUUCAACCUGGCCUACUGGGCCACCUACGUCAACCGCAAACCCAUUAUUAUGAGGUCCAACCCUCAGAAAUGA